AUGAGCGCGGCGGAAGUGCGCGAGGCGCUCGCCGAGCUCGAGGCGAUCAUCGCCGCGGACCCGGCGAACGCGGACGCGGAGCUCCUCGCCGCCGCGGAGGAGCUCCGAGACGCGAUGCGCGACGCCGAGGAGGCGACGACCGCCGGUGCCGACGCCGCGCGCGAGGACGACGACGUCGUCGUCGCGGUCCCCGGGGACCGCGACGACGCCGCGGACGACGCGGACGCCGCGCGCAAGCGCAAGCGCGUCGAGGCGGGCGAGGACGCGAAGGACGACGACGACGACGGCGACGACGACGACGACGACGACGCGCGCGCGGCCCCGAUCCCGACGCGCGCGCCGAACGGCGACCGAAUGCACCCGCGGAACGCGUACAGGGAGAAGAACCCCGACUUCGCGGCCCUCGCGAAGAGACACCCCGCGCUCCUGCCGCACCUGCGAUCGCGCGGGAAGGGACGGCACGUCAUCGACUUCACGAGCUACGACGCGACGCGCGAGCUGAACGCGGCGAUGCUCGCGGUCGACUACGGGAUCCUCCGCUGGACCGUCCCGCCCGGGCACCUGAUCCCGCCCGUCGCGAAUCGCGCCAACUACGUCCACUGGAUCCAAGACCUCCUCCGCGCGUCGCGCCCGGACGGCGUCGAGAUCGCGGGGCCCACCGUCCUCGGCCUCGACGUCGGCGUCGGCGCGAACUGCGUCUACCCGCUGAUCGGCGCGGCGACGCACGGGUGGCGAUUCGUCGGGUGCGACGUCGCCGACGCGGCGCUGGCGGCGGCGACGGCGAACGCGUCGGCCAACGCGAACGUCGCGUCGCUCAUCGAGAUCCGAGACUCGAGACGCGGCGAGGGCGGAGGCGAGGGCGGCGGCGGCGACGGGGUGUUACUCCCCGCGAUCAGGGACGGCGAGCGGUUCGCGUUCUCGAUGUGUAACCCCCCGUUUUUCGAGACGAUGGCCGAGGCGGAGCUCAACGCGGGGACCAACUUCGGCGGGACGGAGACGGAGAUGUGCUACCCGAACGGCGGCGAGCACGCGUUCGUUCGCGCGAUGUACGAGGACUCGCUGACGCUGCUCGACCGCGUGCACUGGUACACGACGAUGUGCGGGAAGAAGGAGACGAUGAAGAAGCUUCGGAGGGCGCUCGAGAUGCGUUCGUCGAUCACGUUUCGGACGACGGAGUUUCUUCAGGGCCGGACGAUGCGGUGGGGGAUCGCGUGGAGUUUCGCGAAGGACGCGCUCGAGAAGACGAACCGGCGCGGCGCUUCGAACGCGAACGCGCUCGACGCCGCGACGACCGCGGCGGCGACGCCGAAGUGCUGGCGGAUGACGUUCGAGGUGCAAGCGAGCGCGCGCGGGCGCGCGGGGAAAAAACCGCCGACGGCGUCGGACGUCCUCGAGCGGCUGCGGCGGGAGCUCAGCAGCGCGACGACGACGUCCAUCUCGAUCGAGACGGACGCGUCGGAUCCGCUGCGAUUGAACUGCGCGCUCGAACUGCCGUCGCCGUCGCCGUCGUCCACCUCCAGGGGCCCGCCCCACGCGUUCACCGCGAGCGUGAUGCGGUCCGCGCCCGGGACGCUGACGGUCGCCGCGGCGUUGGCGGAGGGCGCCAAGUCGAGAGACGCGGCGAAGACGGCGUUCGCGACGGCGAUGGCGAGGGCGCGCGCGGCGAUGCGAUCCCCGGAAACAUACGAAUAGUUAAGUUAGAUGCCUAGCUAGUUCGCGGCGACGUUCUUCUUGACCUUGAAGACGACCGGGAGGUCGCGCGCGGGCAGCGCCCAGUACG